UGGGCAUCACCCCCCCCCCAACGCCUAUUUCUGGUGACGUAGCCUCCCAUGAUGCUCCGCGCGGCUUUGUGUCUCUGAGAGUCGAGGUCCGCACCAAAAGUUUUAUGAAUAAUUCAAAGCAGCAGAAGCCGACGCUUACAGGCCAGCGGUUUAAGACCCGCAAGCGGGAUGAAAAGGAGAAGUUUGAGCCAUCUGUAUUCCGUGAUGCCAUCGUGGUUGGUCUGGAGGAGACCGCUGGUGACCUGGAGGCCGUGUCCCGCUUCCUUGACGUGCAGGGCUCUAAGCUCGACUACCGUCGCUAUGCCGACACCCUGUUUGACGUGAUGGUGGCCGGUGGCAUGCUGGCACCGGGAGGAACUUUGGUGGAUGAUGGCGACAAGACCAAGGUGACCCGGACGACCGUUUGUGUGUUUGGUGCCAAGGAGGACAUGGAGGCCAUGCGCAACUUUGCUCAGGUCUUUGGGAAGCUCGUGAGAAGAUACAAAUACUUGGAGAAGUAUUUGGAGGAAGAGUUUAAGAAGCUGCUGAUGUUCCUGAAAGGCUACUCUGAGUCGGAGCAGAACAAGCUUGCCAUGUUUACAGGCAUCUUGCUGGGCAGCAGCAUGCUGCCUGCCACCGUACUCUCCAGCCUCUUCAAUGACACCAUCGUCAAGGAAGGCCUCUCGGCCGCAUUUGCUGUGAAGCUCUUCAAGGCAUGGCUGUCGGAGAAGGACAUCAGCUUCGUGACAUUUGCACUCAAGAAAGCCAGUAUGGACAAGAGGCUGCUGGAGCUCUUCCCGCCAAACAAGCAGAGCGUGGAGCACUUUUCGUCGUAUUUCACUGCCAACGACCUCAAGGUGGUGGCCGGCUUUCUGCGAGCGCAGCAGUCGCUGGGCACGCGCAAGGAGCUGCAGAAGGAGCUGCAGGAAAAACUGGAGCUCGGGGAGCCUGUUAAGGAGAUUGCCUUGUACGUCAAGGAGGAGAUGCGCAAAAAUGAUAUCCCGGAGCAAACGGCCAUCAGCCUGGUGUGGACGUGCGUGAUGAACUCUGUGGAGUGGAACAAGAAGGAGGAGCUGGUGGCUGAGCAGGCUGUGAAACACCUGAAGCAAUUCACACCGCUGUUUGCAGCCUUCACCAGCCAGGGCCAGUCCGAGAUCACUCUGCUCCUGAAGGUGCAAGAGUACUGCUACGACAACAUCCACUUCAUGAAGACUUUCCAGAAGAUCGUCAUCCUUUUUUACAAAUCGGACGUGCUGAGUGAGGAUGCUGUGCUCAAGUGGUAUCGGGAUGCACAUCUGGCCAAGGGGAAGAGUGUCUUCCUGGACCAGAUGAAGAAGUUCGUGGAGUGGCUGCAGCAUGCCGAGGAAGAAUCUGACUCUGGGGAGGAGGAGGACUGAUGUCAAAAGGCUAUGGCUUGCCAGCCUAACUGCUCAUGCCGUAUGGAUGUUUUGUGCGCAUGUUUGUCUUAAUGUUUGCGUGUCCUCUGCGCCUGUGUCUGCGUGUACGAACGUGCGCCGCCCCACUGGUGACCGGUUUUCAUUGCUGUGCACUCGCAUCAGGUUGUAGCGGGGUGCAAAAUGAAAGCGAAGUGGGUGUGGGGUGAGGGCACGACAAAACAGAGUGGUGACACUCGCAACCCCCCCCAACCCUCCCCAUGAGCCGCAAAGCGCAGCGUGUCGCUAGCUCGCGCUUGCAGUCACCUCUCGGCCCCGCACACACGACACAGCUUCCCACCUACGUCUCGAGCUAACAUCUAUCCACAGCUGAGCACGGGAAACGAGUUGCACACCUGUUCAAAAUGUACUGUAGUGCCGUUUAUAUGUUUAACAAAAUGAGGCAGGUGUUUUUAAAGUUUGCAAAUAAAGAUGCCU